CACCCUCCCCCUCUUUCUCCAGUGCCACCCACGGCAAUGGCAAGAUCCGCCGCCACCGGGCCCCGGCACGGCCUCAACCACCGGAUCCGGCCACCUCAGCCCCUCGGCGCGGCCUCAACUGUCGGAUCCGGCCACUACCGGCCCACGACGCGGCAUUCAACCAUCGGCCCUGGGUGCGGCAACCAGCCCCCCAUCUUCCCUUGGGCAGCUGUGAACUUCAUCUCCAUCACCGAGGAGCCUCCCCUCUCAUCUGGCCAGAUUCCAGCGAUCUCCGUCGUGCCAUAGCCUGUCUUGUGCCGGAUUCGGCCGCCGGGGCCACUAGAUCCAUGGCAAGUGGAUCCCGUGCGUGCUAGAUUCGGCUGUGGUGCGCCCCUCCACGCCAUGCAGUUCUCUUCCCGUGAGGCUCGCCGUUCUUGAUCCCGAGCUCCAGGGCUCCUCAAUGACGAAUCUGAAGCACAACCGUGGCCGCUUGGAGGCACAGAAAAGGAGGGCAACGGCAGCACCGCCGCCGGACGGCCAGAGUCCUGCUCCUCCCCUUGUUCUCGUCCAUGUCUGCGUUCAGGCGCGGCUAUCAGCGUCAGCCGCUGCGGGCGUCACGUGCAACUCAGCCCAAGGGGUCGAGAAGUACAUCCCACGGGACAUCGCAGUACUGUGUGGAAUCCAAGUACUGGACUGGCUUGGUCUUUCAACGAGCUUCACCGUCGUCCGCCGGCGCGAUCCUCUGGAGCUGCGCUGGCAAGGGCUCACUGUUGCUUCUCAUUGCAGCUCAUUGUUGUUCUCCACCUGAUGUCUAGCAGUGCAGGUUGCUUCUCAUUGCAGCUCGGUUGGGUCGCCGGUGCAGUACACAGGCACGUGAGAGGACGACAGGCGUGUAGUUUGGUUUCGGCCGUGCAUCGCUCUGGUAUGGAUACGGGCGUCAUGCGUUUUACUCGAUUGUGCGCAGAAGGUUCUUGGACUCUGUUGGCGUGUAGUUUGGACAGCGGCUCGUCAGCUUGUCCCGUGUUUUGCAGCUGGUGCCACUGCGUGUGCAUUUUAGUAGUUGGCCCCCCGUGUAGUUUAGUUAAUGUGUUUGUAUCUACAAAGAAGUUUUUUGUUUUUGAGCACGUACAAUGUAGUUUGGAGCAUGUGAACAUCCAGUGCAAAAUGGUGCAUUUUAUUUUUGAGGAGUUUAUGUAUAAAAAUUACAGGGACUUUAUUUGAAAGUGUUCAGAAAUUGCA